AUGACGUCGCCCUCACCAGAAUUUGACAUUUCGAAACUGAUUGAUUACUACCAAAAUUCAGCCCCAGGAUCUUCAAUCCAGACGACACCUGACAAGGCGCCGGGGAAGAAGUAUGUCCGGGAACGAACGCCAUCACCAGCAGCCGCCGUUGGCAACAAAACAUCAUCUCCGCCAGUAUCACCACAAGAAGAUACUGCUGAGUCCAAUACUAUGAUAUCUGCGUCGUCCACGCAGCCAACGCCGACAAGGACUGUGGAAUCGCCGCCUGAAAGACCAGUACCCGUCUUAUCUCGCCCGCCUGUCACGCCUGUCACGCCAUCCGACACUUACAAAGUGACCGUUCUCCUCGAUCUCACUCUACCAAUCGAGACAUACUACAAGAACCACUGGGUAGAGGUAAUGGGCUUCGCAAGGCUGUAUCUGAAUCCCAAAGAUGUGCUUACAACAAGUCCCACCUCUCCAUUCUCACAACCCCUACAAGUAUUCCAUAUGCGAGAUUCUUGGCCCAUUCUCGAACGCAAACCAAGUAUGAGCGACUCUUCUUCUUCUUCUUCUUCUUCGAGUGCGUCAGUAUCGGAGCUGCCCAAGGCCAGCGAGACUAUACCCAGCCCGCAGAGAGCUGAAUCAAACACCAACAACCAGCCACCGUCGGUAUCAGCCUCGGAAACAAAUCCAAUCUACUCACCCAUCCCAGUCCGACCACUCCCUCCGAACAUCGCAGCUCGAUUAGCACCCUCAGAAUUUAGCGACGAAGCAGACAGCCCGAUAUCUCCCCUUCCACGCGUCACCAUCCCAAACUCGCUUGACCUAACCGUCAGAGCGCCAACCCCAGUAAUCCGAAACCAUGUCGAAUUGGGCAGAGAAGUGAUAUUGCACCCUUCUGCAGAUAGACGAAGAUCUAGGGCACGGGAACGGGAACGGAAUCGUCAGCGCAUAGAGGAGUGGCAGGCUGAUAUACCGCAACCACCUCCCCCGCGAACAGCGAAUACGGAGCGCAUGCUAUAG